AAACCAAAACCCUAUCCACUUUACUCUAAACCUCUCUCCAGUAGCUUCGUCUUGCUACCUUCCUCAGUCGCCCUACAAUGGCCUUGCCUUUGUCUGGCACGAGCCACCUCACGUGCGCUCUCCUCCUCUCUAAUACAACAACAGUAUUAGCUCCUCCUCGGAUUCCUUCCUCUGUUCGCUGCGGUGGAUCUCGGUUAGGUUGCUCGACCCGGUUCUUCUCAAUCCGAUGCGGAGCUAACCGGUCAGGCUCUGCUUACUCGCCGCUUAACUCUGGCUCUAACUUUAGCGAUCGACCUCCGACGGAGAUGGCUCCUUUGUUUCCGGGAUGUGAUUACGAGCACUGGCUUAUUGUUAUGGAUAAACCUGGCGGCGAAGGUGCGACGAAGCAGCAGAUGAUUGAUUGUUACAUUCAAACCUUAGCUAAAGUCGUUGGAAGUGAGGAAGAGGCGACGAAGAGGAUUUACAAUGUUUCGUGUGAGAGAUAUUUAGGGUUUGGCUGUGAGAUUGAUGAAGAGACAUCUACUAAGCUUGAAGGUUUACCCGGUGUUCUGUUUGUGCUUCCUGAUUCCUAUGUGGAUCCUGAAAACAAGGAUUAUGGAGCUGAGUUGUUUGUUAAUGGAGAGAUAGUCCAACGAUCACCAGAGAGGCAGAGGCGGGUUGAGCCACAGCCACAGAGAGCCCAAGAUAGACCGAGAUACAAUGACCGAACUCGAUACUCCCGCCGCAGAGAGAACACAAGAUGAACUGUAACUGAAGAAGGUAUACAUACACCAUAUCGUAUCAAAGAAAAACCAGUAUGAUGAUGAUGAUAAUGGUGGUGGUGGUGAUGAUGAUGACAAUGGUGGUGUUGAUGAUGAUGUCUCUACUGCCAUGAGAGGGCUCCGUAUUCCAGUCCUUUGCAGUUUAAUGGACCUACUUUGGAUAUUGUUGAAAUGCUAAGUUUUGAUUCUCUGUGUAACAUUUUUUAUAUAAUAAUGUAAAUUGAGGUUUCACUGUGUUAGGAAAAGACAUGGUGUACUUAGGUAUCAAAAUUUAGUUUUCUUUCUAUGUAUAAAGAAUAAUGUUUUUGUUCUUGAA